AGAUGGCAGGAUGGGCCUUAAUUGUCUAAAGUGCUACUUUUAUUACUUCUUCUUGUUUGACUUUGAUGACUUUGAUUUGUGGGAUUGCCUGUGAAGACAGCAAUGAGAGAGGAUGUAUCCGCAUGUCAAUGGAAAUUAAAUACGCCGAGUUUUGGCUAAAAGACAACUUAUUCUCCGUCAAUUCUUCCUACGAAUGCAACGUUGAGCUGCAACCACCUCAACAGGUUAUGGGCCCAGGAGUCAUUCGAAGGUAAAGCCAGGAGUCACUGUGUAGAAGGUUGCGAAGGACAGCGUGCUCACGGACUGCUGAUUAGCGGAAAAAGCUAACAGGCAACAUGGAUCCACGAGGAACAAGUAGGUUACCUCGACUGGCAUUUGACGGAGAUGAAGCUAAAUAUGAGCUCUGGGAAACUAAAAUGUUGGGACAUUUUCAUCUUAUCGGGCUAAAGAAGACAGUGCUGGUAGGACCAACCACUGAAGCAGAGAGAGAAAAUGAUGAGAUGAAAAAUGCGGACGCGUAUGCUGAAAUGAUACAACUACUUGAUGAUAAAAGCCUUUCAUUAAUAAUGAGAGAUGCGCCAAAUGACGUAAGAAAAGCUCUGAAAAUAUUAAGAGAAUAUUAUGCUGGGAAGGGAAAACCCAGGAUUAUAAACUUGUACACCAUGCUAACAUCUCUUCAAAAGGCACAAGAAGAAAGCAUAGUGGACUACAUAAUAAGAGCUGAGACCGCCAUCACAGCAUUGCGAAAUGCAGGUGAAACAUUGGGAGAUGGUCUACUUAUCGCAAUGGUCUUGAAGGGGCUACCAGAAAAUUACAAGCCAUUUACAAUUCAUGUGGUGCAUACCGAUGAGAACAUGACAUUUGCAGAAUUCAAAACCAAACUCCGAAGUUUUGAAGAAACGGAAAAAAAUGCAGCAGAAUCAAGCGACAGAGUGAUGAAGACUAAAGCAAGAGCUUCAAAGCAAGCCACAAAAGCAAACGCUCGUGACCGGAUCAAAGACGACACAGAGUUGGUGUGCUUCAAAUGUGGGAUCAAAGGCCACCGUGCAAAAUCAUGUCGACAAAAGACAUGGUAUAGUCGGUGCAAAACGGACACGCACAAAGACACCACUUGCAGACGCAAGGAAAAACCGGACGGAGCGAGAAAAAUUGCUGAAGAUGGAGAUCCUGACUUCGUGUUCAAGGUGAGAGAUGAACAGCCUGACACCAGGCGGCAGGAUACACACAGCAUCCGGGAACGAGGCCUGAUGGUGGACACGGGAGCGACAUCUCAUAUCAUCACUGACGAGACCAAAUUCAAAAGCUUCCAGGAGACGUUCAAACCAGAGAACCACAGCGUCGAGUUGGCAGAUGGUACCCGGUGCAGUGGAGUCGCACUCAAAAGACGAGAUGCGGUGUGCUACCUGAUUGACAACGGAUGACAUGAUAGCUGAUAUCAUGACAAAACCUGUAACAAAGUUAAAAUUGAAGAAGUUUGACAGUGUUAUUUUUGGAAUUUGACAUUUAAAAGUUCAUUUGGUUGUUAAAAAGGCCAUCAACAUGAGAACAAGUGGGGGUGUUGAGAGAAAUGGUGGAGGAAAUGUUUUGUAUUCAUAAAUGUGUCCUCAGUUGAUGUUGAAAUAAUGUUUCUAUUGCUUGUUAAUAUUGACAUAUUAUCUUUUCGCCACAAGAUGGCAGGAUGGGACUUUAUUGUCUAAAGUGCUACUUUUAUUACUUCUUCUUGUUUGACUUUGAUGACUUUGAUUUGUGGGAUUGCCUGUGAAGACAGCAAUGAGAGAGGAUGUAUCCGCAUGUCAAUGGAAAUUAAAUACGCCGAGUUUUGGCUAAAAGACAACUUAUUCUCCAUCAAUUCUUCCUACGAAUGCAACGUUGAGCUGCAACCACCUCAACAGCUCGGGCAAAUUCCGCAGGUCACAUCAAUCUAUUCUAUGAUCUGAAGUCUUUGC